AUGCAGUUGCGUAGGGCCGCCCUCACGGGCGCGCCGGCGCUGCAAGGGGCGGGGAGGGUCCCAUCGAGAGCACUUGCUCGCGUCCAGCCUGCUGUGGCGCUCCGGGCGAACGUCAGCGGUCGGCGCUGGAAAGAAGCGGGAGCGACGCGACAAUGUCGCGGGGGCUCCGUCGCUCUGCGCGCGCUGGCCGAGCGUGCCGGGGGUUCGAUUCUGAAGUCCAGGAUCACACAGGAGAGCGGCCAGCCGGCCUGCGAGUUCUUCGAUACGCCUCUCACUGGCUACCCAGGCGUGGGCGCGGAGGCCGUGGACGCCGUCAACGGCGUCAAUUUCGCCGUGUCGAGCAGCGAGGCCACCGGCGUGACUCUCUGCCUGUUCACUCCGGAGGACCUGCGCGUCGGGAUCACGACCAUCGAGAUCGAGCUCGACCCCGACAUGAACCGCACAGGCGACUGCUGGCACUGCCUGCUGCCUGGCCUGCGUGGCGGGAUGCUCUACGGCUUUGCGAUGGAAUCCAGGAUCCCCGAGGGCCCCGGCAACACCAUCGACGCCGCCAAGGUCGUCCUGGACCCGUACGCGCAGGGCGUGGCCAACAGCCGCGCCGCGUGGGGCCAAAUGGGCCCGGAGCUGGCGUAUGGCACCGAGGCGCUCGGCCUCGCGCCCACGUGGCCGCAGGCCGCGGCGCCCGUGCCCAACGUUGGCGCGCCGGAGUUCGACUGGGAGGGCGACCGCCCGCUCGGUCUGCCGAUGGAGGAGACGACGGUGUACGAGAUGCACCUGCGCGGGUUCACGCAGCACCCGACGAGCGGCGUGGCGGCGCCGGGGACCUUCACGGGCGCCAUCGAGAAGCUCGAGCACGUCCGGCGCAUGGGCUUCACCGCCGUCGAGCUCAUGCCGAUCCAGGAGUUCAACGAGCUCGAGUACUACUCCUUGAUUCCCGGGUCAGACGACGAGUACAGGUACAACGUGUGGGGGUACUCGACGGUGGCGUUCAACGCCCCGAUGGCGCGGUUCAGCGACGCGCACGCCAAGGCGCCGCCGAACGCGGACGCCACGUUGACCGAGUUCAAGCGGUUCGUGAAGGAGUGCCACAAGAAGGGGAUGGAGGUGAUCCUGGACGUGGUGUUCAACCACACGGCCGAGGGCAACCACCUCGGGCCGUCGCUGAGCUUCCGCGGCAUCGACAACAAGGUGUUCUACAUGCUCGCGCCCGGGGGGGAGUAUUACAACUACUCCGGGUGCGGAAACACCGUCAACUGCAACCACCCCAACACGCGGCGCUUCAUCGUCGACUCGCUGCGGUUCUGGGUCGAGGAGAUGCACGUCGACGGGUUCCGCUUCGAUCUCGGCGCCAUCCUCACGCGCGCGCACUCCACGUGGUACCCCGAGCAGGUGGGUCUCUCGGAGGGCGACGCGGCGGUGCUGGCGGAGCACCUGCCGCGCGGCUUCAUGCCGGACGGCGCGGGGGCCCCGACGGGCACGCCGCUGGCGGACCCCGCGGUGGUGCAGGACAUCUCCGAGGACCCGGUGCUGCGCGGCACGAAGAUGAUCUCUGAGGCGUGGGACUGCGACGGGCUGUUCCAGGUGGGCGCGUUCCCGCACUACGGGGGCCGGUGGUCGGAGUGGAACGGGCAGUUCCGCGACACGGUGCGGAACUUCAUCAAGGGCACGGACGGCUGGUCCGGCGCGAUGGCCGCGGCGAUCUGCGGGAGCCCGGACAAGUACGCCAACGACCACCCCGGGGAGGACUUUUGGUGGGGUCAGACGACGGGGCGCAAGUGGAUGGGCGGGCGCGGGCCGACGGCGAGCGUGAACUUCGUCACCGCGCACGACGGGUUCACGAUGCGCGACCUGGUGUCGUACAACGACAAGCACAACGAGGCCAACGGCGAGGACAACAAGGACGGGGAGUCGCACAACGCGAGCUGGAACUGCGGGCACGAGGGCGAGACGGACGACCUCCGCAUCAACGCGCUGCGCCGCCGGCAGAUCAAGAACAUGAUGUGCGCGCUCGUGCUCUCGGCGGGCGUGCCCAUGGUGCUCAUGGGCGACGAGUGCAUGCACACCAAGGGCGGGAACAACAACACGUACUGCCACGACACCGCGCUCAACUGGCUCGACUGGGACCAGGCGCGGUCCCCGGAGGGCACCGGCAUGACCCGCUUCCUCACCGCGCUGCUCACGCUGCGCAAGCGGCACAAGUGCUUCCGCCGCACGCACUUCCCGUCCGACCAGGACAUCGAGUGGCACGGCAUCUACCCGUUCGAGCCCGACUGGAGCGAGUCGGCGCGGCUGCUCGCCUUCACGGUGCGCGAGGGCGACGUCAAGCGCAUGUUCUACGUGGCGUUCAACACGUCGCACGAGGCGCUGACGGUGCACGUGCCGGAGGUGGACCACGACUACAUCUGGGAGGUGGCCGUGGACACGAGCAAGCCGCUGCCGUACGACGCGCUGCUGCCGGACAUCUGCGAGGAUGUGGGCGCCAGUCAGGUGGAGGCCGCGCGGGCGCAGGCUGCGCCGUGGCUCGCGGAGGGCGUGUACCCGAUGCUCUCGUACUCGUGCGUGGUCCUCGAGGCCGUGCACAAGAGCGAGGCUGUGCCGAGCGUGUAG